GUCAGUCUGGGCGGAGACUCAGUCAGUCAGGAUUGGAGGGACCGGGCUGCUCCCACCGCCGGCUCCGGACUCCCCGCUGCAGAUCUAUUACUGGGAAUGUGGCCCCUGAGAGCCCAGCUCACCUGAAUGCUUUGGUUUCUGAGCAUGAGAAAGUGGCCAAGAUUCGUCUAGUGAGAGGACAUCCUCAGAGACACUCACUAGGCAGACAGUCUCUGGGAAAGUGAAGAAUGGACAUUGCAGUAUUUUGGUUUCAGUGAUACGGACCCAGGUACUGUCUGAGGGGGUACCUCAGAACUCUUUCCCCCUCAGACAUAAGGUUCCGAAACACACUCUUACCCUCUGUGUAAGCCUGGCCUUGCCACUUUAGUUACCUUAGAGCUCUUCCAGCAGCCCAGUAUGAGUCAGAGCAGUGGCCCCAGCCCCCGGCUUGGCGACUCUCCCCUCAUGCUGCAAAGUACAGAACUUCUCUGCAACUUGGGGAACUCUCCGCCAGAGCGCAUAUGCCUUCCAGACUCUCUCACCCCUUCUCCCAAAAGUCUUCCUCCAUCCCCAGUUCCCCAGGGCCCAAUCCCUAUCCCGAGUGGAGACUGGGAGAGUCGGGAAGAGCUUCGACUUCGGGAGCUAGAAGAGGCUCGUGCACGGGCUGCCCAGAUGGAGAAAACCAUGCGCUGGUGGUCUGAUUGUACGGCUAACUGGAGGGAGAAGUGGAGUAAAGUGAGAGCCGAGCGCAACAAGGCAAGGGAGGAAGGAGUGCAACUCAGGAGUCGUCUGGAGAUACUGAGUAAGGAGCUGGGGGCUCUUAAACGAGAACGUCAGGAAGCUGCCAGUGAGACAGAACAGCUCCGCAGGGAGCUUGAGAAACUCCGGCACAAUAGUAGAGCGCCCGAGACCAAUGAGGACGAUGCAGAAGAGCCGGUGCGAGACGUAGGAACAGACAGACCCACCAAGAAUAAGGAUUGCGAGCUGGAGACGAGUAUACAACCUCUGAGCUCUGAGCAGCAGAAUGAAGUACGAGGUUAUAGGAUUCGAAAUUGGGAGGACGGGGGGCCAGCAGAGGAAGAUGCAUCUAAAACGACUGCCCUCAAGCUCAGGCUGGACGAGACCCAGAAGGUGUUGCUUAAAGAGAGGGAGGACAAAAUUCUACUUAGUAAAACCAUCGAGAAAAUGGAGGCUGAGCUUAGUCACUGGAAGAUGAAAUGUGAGGAGAUGAACAAAGCCAGGCAGGAAGUGGUUAAACAGCUCACUCUUUUAAGAGAACGACACCAGGAUGAGUUGGGCAGGAUUUCAGAAGAUCUACAGGACGAGCUAGGGGUUCGAUCCAGUAUGGACAAGAAGUUGGCUGAUCUUCGAGCUGAGAUGGAGGGGCUCCAGGCUGAAAAUGCCGAAGAGUGGGGACGCAGGGAGAGGCUGGAGACAGAGAAGCUUAACCUGGAACGCGAGAACAAGAAGCUUCGGCUGCAGAUUCAGGACCUGGAGGAGAUCCUGACGCGCAAAAGGAGGCAAACCGCGAGCGCCUUAGACACAGACCUGAGGUCAAUCCAGGCCGAACUAUUCGACAAGAAUAAGGAGCUAUCUGACCUGCGUCAUAACCACGCAAAACUAAAGAAACAGUAUCACGAAAGGAGCGCGGAGUUCACACAUGCCAAUCGUCGCGUGGAACAGCUGGAAGCCGAGGUGAAGAAGCUCCGUAUGAGAGUGGAGGAGCUGAAGAAAGAGUUAGGGCAGGCAGAGGAUGAGUUAGAUGAAGUGCAGAACCAAACUCGCAAACUGCAGAGAUCCCUGGACGAGCAAAUUGAGUUAAACGAAAACCUGCAGGUCCAACUUGAACACGUGCAAUCCAGGCUGCGACGGCAGCAGAAUCCGCCUCUGUUCGGCAAGCUAUGCACCUCUCGCUUUGGGAAUGAUGACGCUGGCGAGAUGGGAAGCGAUGAAGAUGAUCUUCAAAUCCAAGUUCCGUAGGAGCGAGCUCUCAGGGGCCCAAUAUGAAGUCCCAUUACCAGCAGCCCUGUGAGCUGAAUCAUUAUACGCAUUAGAGAUGAAUGUCUCCGAUACCGAUCAAUCACUUUUAAGAGAACCAUCAAAACCUCCACUUGUGCCUUAAAACGAGUCCAUGUGGGACUGUAUCCGCUGUCAGGGUCCCGACACGCAAAUUCCCCAUGUUUCUACAGAGAGCUCUGGGUGCUUAGAUCUGCCGUGAUUGAAGUAAUGUCCCUUGUUUGUAUAAUAACCAUGGUUACAAUGUCAGUGGUUGGCCCAUCAACAAUACUAUUCUCAAUAUUCUAUCACAUUUCCAGAUUUCAUAAUUCCUCACUCUAAUCCAGAUAUGUCUGAUCCACUGUCCCCAUGUCUAUACCACCCUGUGUCUGUGCCACUGUCCCCGUGUCUAUACUACCCUGUGUCCUUGCCACCCUGUGUCUGUGCCACUGUCCCCGUGUCUAUACUACCCUGUGUCCUUGCCACCCUGUGUCUGUAACACUGUCCCCGUGUCUAUACUACCCUGUGUCCUUGCCACCCUGUGUCUGUAACACUGUCCCCGUGUCUAUACUACCCUGUGUCCUUGCCACCCUGUGUCUGUAACACUGUCCCCGUGUCUAUACUACCCUGUGUCCUUGCCACCCUGUGUCUGUGACACUGUCCCAGUGUCUAUACUACCCUGUGUCCUUGCCACCCUGUGUCUGUGCCUCUGUCCCCGUGUCUAUACUACCCUGUGUCCUUGACACCCUGUGUCUGUAACACUGUCCCCGUGUCUGUGCCACUGUCCCCAUGUCUAUACCACCCUGUGCCACUGUCCCUAUGUUUGUACCACCCUGUGUUUAUACCAUGUGUCCAGCCCGUGGGUUCUGUGUUCCAGCAUGGUGGGAUUUUCCAGCUGUGGGUCCUGUGUUCCAGCAUGGAGGGAUUUUCCAGCCGUGGGUCCUGUGUUCCAGCAUGGAGGGAUUUUCCAGCCGUGGAUCCUGUGUCCCAGCAUGGAGGGAUUUUCCAGCCCGUGGAUCCUGUGUCCCAGCGUGCUGGGAUUUUCCAGCCCGUGGAUCCUGUGUCCCAGCGUGCUGGGAUUUUCCAGCCCGUGGAUCCUGUGUCCCAGCGUGGAGGGAUUUUACAGCCUGACCGAUGUGGUGCCUUAUUGUGUAAACUCGAAAAAGAAGUCUUUAUCAUAUUUUGCCAGUGCUAUAUUAUAUUUUUUUUAUCUAUAAAUAUGUAAAGUAUUCGGGUCUCGUAACAUUGCUCAUUUCUAUCAAUGUACGGAGCCUCAUUAAUAAAAUUUAGACUGAGACGUGAUAA